CAACAAUACCCGAAGGACAAUCUGGAGCUUCUGAAUAUCUUAAAACGGUACUUUACUUUAGUGUUUUUACUUAUACUUUUCUAUUUUUAUGUUGCUUCACUGAUUGGAUUUCCCCAAGCGCUUCUUCAAAUCAUAAAAGAUGAGCACUUGGAUUGCGCUGUUCGACAAGCUGCUGUCAUUUAUAUGAAAAAUAUACUUUAUGAACAUUGGUAUGUUGACAAGGAUACACCUGGAAGUCACUGGGUAUUUAGUGAACAAGACAAAUUAUUUAUAAAGCAACAUAUAAUUGAGACUAUUAUUAUUGCACCGGAACCUAUCAAAAUUCAUUUGUGCACAAUGAUUCAAAAUAUUAUGCGUCAUGAUUUUCCUGAUGAAUGGCCAUCUUUUACUCUUGAACUUUAUCCUCUUGUGAGUUCUGAUAAAAGUGAAGAACUCAACGGUGCCUUGCUUAUUCUUCACAGGCUCUGCAAAAUUUUUGAAUACAAGAGGCAAAAAGAAAGAACUCCACUUGUUGAAUUUAUGUCCAAAAUUCUUCCAAUAAUUCGUGAAAGAUUUUCGACACUUAUUGAAAAUCACUCAUCUUCAUCUUGUCUUUUACAAAAACAAAUACUUAAAAUAUUUUAUAGUUUUGUUCAGUUUUCAUUAAAUACUCAAAUUCUCUCAAUUAAUGAAUUUUCUCAAUGGCUCAAACUUUUUAUUGACAUCAUUCUAAAGCCAACUCCUGCUGAAUGUGAAAGUGUUCCGGAAGAUGAACGUGACGGGACAAUUUGGUGGAAAUGUAAAAAAUGGGCAAUGAAAAUCGUUCAGAGAGUUUUUGAGAGGUAUGGCAAUAAAGGCAAUGUUGAUAAAGCAUAUUUAUCAUUUGCUGAAGAAUAUUCACGUUCUUAUUUGUUACCAAUUGUUGAAUCUUUGAUGGCUAAUGUUCUAAAUGAUUAUAUUAAUGGCAAAUAUAUAUCAGAACAUGUGCUUUAUCUUGUUUUAGUCCAUUUGUCUGAUGCGUUGAUUCAAGCACAAGUUUGGCUUGUUGUUAAACCAAAGUUUGAGUUGCUGCUCAAAAAUGUAAUAUUUCCUUUGCUAUGUUAUUCAAAAGGAGAUGAAGAGCUUUGGGCUGAAGAUUGUGAAGAAUUUUUACGUUAUAAAUAUGAUGUUUAUGAGGAUCUUCAUCAACCAUCUUCCGGUGCUUCUACAUUACUUCAAGUAAUUUCAAAAAGACAAGGUAUAAUGCAAAACGUACUUGAAUUUAUUAUGCAAAAUUUGACACCAACAUCAAAUGAAAAACAAAUUGAUGGUGCUUUGCAUAUGAUUUCUGUUAUUUCUACUCAAUUGAAUAAAUUAAAUUCACGUUUUGUUCGAUUGAGAGCUUGUUAUGUAAUUUAUUUUGCUUCAGAAACGAUAUUUAAGAAUUCAACUAUAUUGGAAAGAGUUGUUAAUGCGUUGAUAAAAGCAAUAAAAGAAGACCAAGAAGUGCCUGUAAAAGUUGAAGCUGCUUUAGCUCUUCAAUCUUUAAUUAAUGACCAAGAUCAAAAAGUAAUUCAAUUUAUUCGUCCACAUAUCCGUGAUGUUUUAAUAAUUGUGUUGAGGCUUAUUUCUGAAACACAUUUGGAUGAUUUACCUACAAUUGUUGAUAGUUUAGUUGAUAAUUUUGAAGAAGAAAUAAUUCCUGUUUCUUAUGAAAUAACUGUUGAAUUGGUAAAAGUUUGA